CCCGGGAGCAGCAGGAAGGGAGGCGGCGAACGGGAGGAGGGAGCCCAAUCGCGCGGCGCCCCCGCCCCAGCCCCGCGCGCGGCGCCGCCUCCGCCAUUGCUGCGAGCCGGAGCGGGCGACGCGGAGGCUCGGAGCGCGCUCGGAGCUCAGACCUGCCGGAGCCGGGCGUGGGGCGGCAGCCUCGGGUCUCCCGGAACCAUGGUGAAGUUGGGGAACAAUUUCGCGGAGAAGGGCAGCAAGCAGCCGCUGCUGGAGGAUGGCUUCGACACCAUCCCCCUGAUGACGCCCCUCGAUGUCAAUCAGCUGCAGUUCCCGCCCCCGGAUAAGGUGGUUGUGAAAACUAAGACCGAAUAUGAACCUGACCGCAAGAAAGGCAAAGCACGUCCUCCCAAGAUAGCCGAGUUCACGGUCAGCAUCACCGAGGGUGUCACCGAGAGGUUCAAGGUGUCGGUGCUGGUCCUCUUCGCCCUGGCCUUCCUCACUUGUGUUGUCUUCCUGGUCGUCUACAAGGUGUACAAGUAUGACCGCGCCUGCCCUGAUGGCUUUGUCCUCAAGAACACCCAGUGCAUCCCAGAAGGCUUGGAGAGCUACUACGCGGAGCAAGACUCCAACGCCCGGGAGAAAUUUUACACCGUCAUAAACCACUACAACUUGGCCAAGCAGAGCAUCACCCGCUCGGUAUCACCAUGGAUGUCAGUUCUGUCGGAAGAGAAGCUCUCAGAGCAGGAGACUGAGGCUGCUGAGAAAUCCGCUUAGUGAGAUGGCGAGUUCCCUGCAGUGUCACUUGAAGGUAACAAAGGGACUUUGAGGGACAUUUCAUUAAAUAUAAUUCCUGAUAAUUUAGAGGUUACUCAUUUAUGGUGCAACUGCUUCUGUUUGCUGAUGCUGCUUUGCAAAUCAAACUUGCUGCAGGCCACCUCGGGCAUAGAAUCAAGCGCUAUCAGCAUUGCUUAAAGAGCUCUGACACCAGUUUUCAUGUAAAGGAAUCUUAAUUUAGCAACUUGACUGGGAUUUAUUGGAUGCU